AUGGUUAUUGAGGGCAUUCCCCCGGGACCUGGCGACGACGCCAGCGAGACUCUUUUGCGCGAGGCGGAAAAUUCUCGCGAAGCUUACAAGGCUUUUAGGGCGAAGCCUCAGAAAACACGCAAUAGUCUGGAAGCAUUGACUCGACGUGCAGAAGGCGGCCUACCACGUGUGAAUCGAUUGACGGAUAUCUAUAACGCCAUUUCCGUGAAACACCAGGUCCACAUCGGCGGCGAAGAUCUGGACAAAUACAAUGGAUCACCGUUUCUCACCCGUGCCAGCGGACAGGAGCAGUUUGAGACUUUCUCUGGUGGCCAGGCCCAAAGCGAGUGUGCCGUGCCAGACGAUACAACUCGUGUGCUGUUUAUUUUGGAUGCAUUAGAACCACUUUCAGAUGAAGCUUUGGUCGAAGCUGCCGAGGAGCUGGUUUCAGACUUGAAGCAGUCAUCGCCAGAGGUACAAACAGCACGGAGAAUAAUCAGCGCUUCAUCUUCGACUCGGUCCGGCGAAUCUUAG